AUGGAUCAUUCAUUCAACAUACCUGGCCUCGGCGAGUUACAGACCGAAAAUGCAGCGACAACGCCCAGCAUCGAACCCGAAAAGCCAAGCGCCUCCACAGAUGUCCAGGCGAGCACCGAUACAGAAAUGACGGAUGGACACAGGUCAGGCGCACAAGAGCAAGAGCAAGAGCAAACUGCCCAGGGAAUGGACACUUUCAUGGACGGCCCGGUCACACAAGAACAGGAGCAAGCUGCUCAGAAGCAGCACGCUGUCAUUGGUAGCACCGAGCCAAGGGCUCUCGAGUCGACCAACGUCCAGCAAGAGAAUGGCGUAGCGGUGCAACUGGACGAGAAGAUGGAAGAUCAUGACUCCCUCAAGCAAGAGGUUGCGACAAGUCAAAAUGAAACAACAUCUGGCACAGGGACACAGGAAGCGCCCGUGGAUGUCUCCUCUGAAGAGCCUCAGGCCCAGUCGGCAAAACAGGAAGACGGAUCGGCACCUGGGUCGCCCAGUGUCACGCAUGCACUCGAAGCUGCGCUUGACGGUCUUCUUGGCCCAGUGUCAAAAAGCGAGGAGCAAAAUGAAGAGAAGCCCACUCCCGAAGCCCACAUCAACGGCCAUGCCGAACCAACAGAGACGGCGCCAGGCGAGGGCGAUGCCGAUGCGAACCCCGAGUGGGAAGUAGACUCCUCACCCUACGAAUCCUCAAGCUCCGACAGCAGCUCCGACGAUGACGAUGACGAUGAAUCAGACGUGGACGAAUCCAAAUUGCUCGGUGUCGAGGAGACCGCACGGUUGCUAAUGGAAGCAGACGGUGGGAGCGAUGAUGAGAUGGACGGUACGAGGGCUGCGAAGCAGGCCGCCGGGGUGCGCACUAAGAACGAGCUCCCUGACGAGCCAGAACCAACACCCCAAAUCAGCCUCAGCCCAGAAGAUGUCAUUGCCCCUCUUGGAAUCGUACAACAUAUCGUUGAAGGCACCCAAGCCGUCAUCGAGGCGCUUCAAGUGGGCGCUGCUGUCACAAUUCUGGAUCGCGGCUCGGUCCUGUGUAAAGAGGACCGCACCGUUCUGGGAGUUAUACACGACACCAUUGCGACUGUGCACAAACCCAUGUACAUUCUCAGGUUCCGAUCAGAGGAGGAAGCGAAGUCAGCUGCUCUGGAACGAGGCGCCCAGGUCUGGUAUUCCAAGCCGCACGCAAACUUUGUUUUCCCCUCGCAGCUCAGGCAGGAGAAAGGAUCCGACGCCAGCAAUCUGCACGACGAAGAGGUUGGUCCGGACGAGAUGGAGUACUCGGAUGACGAGCAGGAGCAAGCUCACAAGAGGGAGAAGAAGAACCGCAAGCGUGGCGGCAAGGGCAAACCCAAUAAGGGCGAUGACCGUGGGUCGCAGGCACCUUCUGCUGUGGGUGACUCGAAUCUCAACUACGGCGAGGACGAUGACGGCACAUAUCGGGAGGUCAGAACGGCGGGCGACGUGGAGAUUCGAGAGGUCGUGGUCGAGGAAGAGGCUUUCAAGGACGAGGCCGAGGUGGCGGCCAGGGACAAAAUGGCCGUCCACAGCAACAGUCACACGCGCAACCUCAAAACCCUCACCAACCGCCGCCUCCGUUCCCUGUGGUUCCACCACCUGCACCAGGCCAGUGGCCAUUCCCAAUACCGCCUCUGCCCCAGUUUGGAGGAGCGCCUGGAUCUUCCACGACUCCUGCCGCCCCAGCUCCUAGCUAUCCGAUGCCGAGCUGGAGUCCAGCCCAGGGCAACCCGUUUCCCUUCCCUCCCGUACCUCCACCAAACUGGUCACCACCGCAGCAGCAGCAACGGCCAGCGCAGCACACAAGUUAUAUGCCACCCGCUGGAAGCCGCAUACAAUGUCUUGAAAGGAGCUCAGGAUGCAGGUCAAUGCCUAAACCCAGACCGAGGCUCAGACCUGGACAUGGACCUGGAUCCGGAUGACCCUGCUUUCUAG